CAGAGCGGGGCAGGCGAGGCAGCGCGGCGAGGGAGAGAUGCUGGCGCUGCGGGCGGCGCGGGGGGUCGCCGUCGCGCGGGGGCUCCUCCUCCGGGAGAGCAGCAGGCGGCCGGUGCCCACAGUGUGGCUGGCCAGAGUGCCACAGAGAUGUUCCUCCAAUCUCCCUAUGAACACGUUGAUCCUCUUUGUGCCCCAGCAGGAAGCCUGGGUGGUGGAGCGGAUGGGCAAGUUCCAUCGCAUCCUGGAGCCAGGGCUGAACUUCCUCAUCCCGCUUCUCGACCGCAUCCGCUACGUGCAAAGCCUCAAGGAAAUCGUCAUCAAUGUGCCAGAGCAGUCGGCUGUUUCCCUUGAUAAUGUCACCCUCCAGAUCGAUGGCGUCCUCUACUUGCGAGUCAUGGACCCCUACAAGGCCAGUUAUGGAGUGGAGGACCCUGAAUACGCCGUCACCCAGCUUGCCCAGACCACCAUGAGGUCUGAGCUGGGCAAGCUCACCCUCGAUAAAGUCUUUCGGGAGCGUGAAAACCUCAACGCCAGCAUCGUGGACGCCAUCAACCAGGCUUCAGACUACUGGGGCAUCCGGUGCCUGCGCUAUGAGAUCAAGGACAUCCACGUGCCUCCUCGCGUCAAGGAGUCCAUGCAGAUGCAGGUGGAGGCUGAGAGGCGCAAGCGGGCAACCGUGCUGGAGUCAGAAGGGACCCGGGAGUCGGCCAUCAAUGUGGCGGAGGGGAAGAAGCAAGCUCAGAUCCUGGCCUCUGAGGGGGAGAAGGCGGAGCAGAUCAACCAGGCUUCCGGGGAGGCCAGCGCCAUUCUGGUGAAGGCUCAAGCCAAAGCAGAAGCGAUCCGAGUCGUGGCAUCUGCUCUGGCACAGCAGAAUGGCAACAGUGCAGCAUCUCUCUCUGUGGCUGAGCAGUACGUGGCUGCCUUCUCCAAGCUGGCAAAAGAGUCCAACACCAUUCUUCUGCCCUCCAGCACGGGAGACAUCUCCAGCAUGGUUGGCCAGGCAAUGGGAAUCUAUGGCUCCCUGAGCAAACCCCAGCCCACCAAGGCGGCCUCCGUGGAAGCUGCAGCUCCCCCCGCCCUCCAGGCCCCUCCUCCGCCUCCACCCCCAAGCAUAGAGUACACUGAGCAGGAGCAGCCAAGCGCCAGCUAACGGAGAAGCCCCCCCCCCUUGGACUCUUGUCCUUCCCCUCUUUGGAUUAUUUUCUAAUUUGGAUUUAAUCAUGUAAUAAAAGGAGAUGGCCAGGAACCAGCGUCUCCCCUUGUCCUGCUCUUGGACUGACGAUGAAGGC